GGCGGAGGGGCGGGGCCACCAAAACCCGGGGCGUGGCAGUAGCUAUGGCGGCUGUGUCCGGGCCAGCUCGCCUGCAGCGGUGCGUGGUGUCGCCGGCGGGGAGGCACAGCGCCUCUCUGAUUUUCCUGCACGGCUCAGGUGAUUCUGGACAAGGACUGAGAAGGUGGAUCAAGCAGGUUCUAAAUCAAGAUUUAACGUUCCAGCACAUCAAGAUCAUUUAUCCAACAGCUCCCCCCAGACCCUAUACUCCUAUGAAAGGGGGAAUCUCCAAUGUGUGGUUUGACAGAUUCAAAAUAUCCAACGACUGCCCGGAACACCUGGAGUCAAUCGAUGCGAUGUGUCAGGUGCUCACAGAUCUGAUCGAUGACGAAGUGAAGAGUGGCAUCAAGAAGAACAGGAUAUUAAUAGGAGGAUUUUCGAUGGGAGGGUGCAUGGCGAUGCAUUUAGCAUACAGAAACCAUCAAGAUGUGGCGGGAGUCUUCGCACUUUCCAGCUUUCUGAAUAAAACCUCUGCUGUUUACCAGGCUCUUCAGACGCGGGAGGGCGCGCUCCCGGAGCUGUUCCAGUGUCACGGGACCGCCGACCAGCUCGUCCUCCCGUCCUGGGGGGCGGAGACGAGCGCCACCUUGCGGUCCCUGGGCGUGCGCGUGGACUACCACAGUUUCCCGGGGCUCUUGCACGAGCUCUGCCCCGGGGAGCUGGAGAGACUCCGGUCCUGGGUUCUCGCAAAGCUACCGGGAGAGACGGGAGGGGCCCUCCCUGUCACACUUAUCUCCAGAGCCAGAACCUUUCAAGAGCCUGUGCCCAGGUCCUCAUCACCCCUUACUGACGACAAGAGGGCCGCUCUGUCCUAACAGCCGAAUGCUCGUUAUCGGCACUGAUGUCGGAGGAAAGGAGAGAAACUGACUUUUCAGAUCACCAGGUGGGCGCAUGGAGGCAGAUUUAAAUACACCACCUUUUCUUUCUAAUAGAAUUACCGGUCAGUUGAAACUACAUUUUUCCUCCCAAGUCCUUUAUGAAUAGCAGCUAAAAAUAAAAGGCCUUUGAUUAAUGAAGUUACUUUUGCAUCACUUCGGUUUGCACCCAGAAGCAAAGGUUAAUUAUGUUCAUCAACGUGGGCAAAAUCACCUCCUGGACUCUCCAAGGUAGAACUCCCCCUCGCCCGCCGGCUUUGCCCUGUGGCUCCAGGCCCAGCUCACCGCGCUGGGGUCCGGAGUCCUGUGGGUGGGAUUCCGGGCCAAGCGGGGCCUUUGGCUGUUCUUCUCUCACACGUGGCUUUCAAAAGGCCCGUAUGUGAAUCACUUCAGUGCCGCCCACUGUGCGCCUUCGAGUUUUACAACGCCCGUGCGAGCCCCGGCGGGGGGGCACGUUUAUUGCGCAUGCCAUUCACUUUAGAUCCUACCAGAGCAAAUGAUUGCAGCAACUCAGAGGAAAAAACUGGAAAAUAAGUCCCUGAUGUAGAACCGGUCGCGGGGCCAAAACAGUAGUGCCAAUUAUGAUUUCAGUGCCUUACGCGCGUUCCUCUGCCAACAGCCUUUGAAACAAUAUAUAAUUUACUGUUGGUUUGGGCGGGCAUAUUAAGCAGGACUCUUGCUCAAGCGAACCAGUUGUCUUUGUAUUAAAAGUUAAUUUUGAAGGUUUCGGAUCGCUUUUGCUCAUUUUACUUUGUUUUGCUCCUCAGUGGAGAGCGUUAUUGGCAAUAAAUGAGGCAAGAGCAGCACGGAGGCCUGCAGGGCCGGCUCAGCAUGGGUGUGGCCCUGGGGUGUACAUAUGUCACUUUCUGCAAUUUUCCAGCUCAAUGUUCCUUCCCUUGAUGGCAUGGCUUCAAAGUGGAAAGCCAGUCACUCAAGCACUAAAGGCACACUGCUUUCUCCUCAUGCCCAAGUCAGGGGUCCUGGUCUCAGGAAAGCCUUCAAACAGGGAACACGGUGCCUGCUCCCACAGCAAGGACUUGCCAAACAGAUAAACCAUAAAUAAGGAAACGUGAAGUCAGGAGGCAGUACAUACACCGUGGUCCAUCAUACACGGACAAAUAACAGUUUGCAAAGAAUCGCCGGGUUGUUAAACCAGCUUCGGGCCAGCGCUGGGACAAGCGUGGGAGAUGCGGCGUCCCUCGGAAACGGCUCCCGUUGUUCACGGGAGAAUCAGAGCGACUUGGUGGAUGACUUACUCAGUACUGGAAAGUACCUCCGAGAUUAUUCCUGGGAAAUAAACUUCAGAGUCGCAGGAAAACUAGUUUUUGUGUGGGAGUGAACCUACGAGCAUUCCUAAACCCCAGCAUGUCUUCCUAAAGCAGGGCCUGAGUUCUCCUCUUGUGUUUCCCCAGCCCUUCUGGCGGGCUGAACGGUGGAGAUCACAUGGGGCUGUUUCCAAUAAAUACCACCGCUCAGGGAUACCCCGCAACACACCUCUUACUGGUUUGUAUCUCAAUGUGCCCAUUGCGUCACCUUAGGACACUUUCCAAAGAGCAGGCAGCACAGAACUCCUGGCCAAAGUCCACAACAACAACAACGAAACAACCUGCCAGUCUUAGCCAGCUCUUAUCUGCUUCUAGCAGAGAGAUGACACGGUUCAAGCCCAGAUGAAGUCCCAGGAAGCUCACCCUUUGCCAAAUCGAGGAAGCUGAAAUGCGGAGGGGACAGGCCCCCACUCGUUUGUUAGCUAGAAAACUGAAUGGGUGUCAACCCCUGAAAUGCCUCUUAUGUUUCAGGCCUUGUGCUUCCCCCUUUACUGGCGGGGUGUCAUUUACGGAAUACCCCUUUGGGGGUCUCUGACCCAUUCCUCCAUUCCUUCCCUGGACAUCUGUUCCCAUCCGACAGAUGAGGAGACAGGCUCCGAGAGAAGAAGCGUCAGUGAGGAAUUGCCCGAGGGUCACCCAGCUGAGAGAGAAUCUGUAGAGACAAGAUCUGAAGCCAGAUGGAUAUGAUGGCAAAGCCCUGCUCUUUCCACAAUGCCAGGUGGGGUUCUCAAACAGGGGCUCCAGCAGGGUCAUCUGGGGCCCCCGCCUGUAUUUCUGAGCCCGAGUCUACAUCAUUUCAACUGUAUUUGCUAUGGAAGGAUCCAGGAAUCUAUUUUAACAAUGGCUCCCUGUGCUUUUUGUGUGUAACGAGGUUUAGGGACAACGAAAACACAAUAUACAAGUUUUCCAACUCCUUAUACAGUAACUGCUCCAAAACUCUUAAUCACCAGUAAUCCAGUUGACAACUGUUUACUAAGCACCUGCCGUGUGCCUGGCAGUGUCAUAGGCAUGGCAGUGGGUAAAACUGCUGCCCUCAAGAAACUUCCGUUCCGUGGGGGGUGGGGGAGGGUCACGAGGAACAGACAGAAUCAUGACACAUAAGCAAGUUAUACACUGUGUUAGGAGAUGGUAGGUGCUUAGGGGAAACAGAGGAGGAACCAGUAGGGGUGGGUAUCACGUAGGGGGAUCAGGGUGGUCUUCCUGGGAAGGUGACAUGUACGGGAGGGGAAGGACAGGCCAUGGGCGUGUCUGGGAAGAGGACCCAGGCAGAUGGAGCAGACAGCACAAAGAACUAAGGCGAGGAUGUGCCUGCGCAUCUAAGAAGCACCAAGGAACUCAGUGUGGGUGCAGGAAGUGAGCAAGAGAGAGGGGUCAAGGUGAAGUCCGACUGGCAAGAAGGGAAGGACAAAGCAAGCUCCUGCUGGACCCUAGAGGCUAUUAUAAGUAUUUUGACCUUUACUCUAAAUGAAAUUGGAAAUCACUGUCACGCUUUGAG